ACAGAAAACUCAUCACUCAUGCAUAUUUGAGAUUUCAAUUUUAAACAUUUCUUCCCCUCUCUCUCAAAGCAAACACCGAAAUUUUCUCUGGUGGAAAGUGGAAAUGAAGUGCUAGGAUUUUCUCUACUGGAAUCCAAGAUGAUAGCUACUCUCAAAGCCGAAGAUCAAAAUCAGUUGCAGCUUGUGGAACGAGAAGACAUUGAUGACGAAGAGGACUUGUUCGAAGCCAUUGACAAGUUAAUCGCACAAGGAAUCAAUGCAGGAGAUAUAAAGAAGCUUCAGGAUGCAGGGAUCUACACCUGUAAUGGCUUGAUGAUGCACACGAAGAAGCACCUGACAGGGAUCAAAGGAUUAUCUGAGGCUAAAGUUGAUAAGAUCUGCGAAGCUGCUGAGAAGAUAGUGAAUUUUGGUUAUAUAACUGGAAGUGAUGCUUUGCUCAGAAGGAAGUCAGUGAUUCGCAUCACGACAGGAAGCCAAGCCCUUGAUGAACUAUUAGGAGGUGGGAUUGAAACUCUGGCUAUUACAGAAGCUUUUGGAGAAUUCCGAUCUGGGAAAACACAGCUUGCUCAUACUCUGUGUGUCUCUACACAGCUUCCUACCAACAUGCGAGGUGGGAAUGGAAAGGUUGCUUAUGUUGAUACCGAAGGAACUUUCCGACCAGAUAGGAUUAUUCCAAUAGCUGAAAGAUUUGGCAUGGACCCAGGAGCAGUCCUUGACAAUAUCAUUUAUGCUCGUGCAUAUACAUAUGAACAUCAGUACAACCUGCUUCUUGGUCUGGCUGCAAAAAUGUCUGAAGAGCCAUUCAGACUUCUGAUUGUGGAUUCCGUAAUUGCUCUCUUUCGAGUGGAUUUCACUGGUAGAGGAGAACUUGCAGAGCGCCAGCAAAAGUUAGCACAGAUGCUCUCCAGAUUGAUAAAGAUAGCUGAGGAAUUCAAUGUUGCAGUUUACAUGACUAACCAAGUUAUUGCUGACCCAGGUGGAGGAGUGUUCAUAUCAGAUCCAAAAAAACCAGCAGGAGGCCAUGUGCUUGCUCAUGCAGCCACAAUCAGGUUGAUGUUCAGGAAAGGCAAAGGUGAACAACGCAUCUGCAAGGUGUUUGACGCGCCAAAUCUGCCUGAGGCUGAAGCAGUAUUUCAGAUUACACCAGGGGGGAUUGCGGAUGCAAAGGACUAGCAAAUGCACAGAACACCGAAGGGCACAUUAUUAGAAAGUUUCCUAUUAUCUACGAGUAAAUGUUUAGAAGAAAAUAUAUUUUUUUGUUGUUUCUGAGGCAAAGCAAGGGUUUAGCUGUCCUUGUUUGUGCUCUACAUUUAUCCGAACUCUGUAAUAGACUUGCUAUAACAUGUUGCCAAAGAAGUAGCCACAUUGAGAAUUGCUGAA